ACAUUUAUAAAAAUCAAAGUCGAAUUCCACGCGACGAUUUAUGAUACAAAAUAUGUCAAAUAACGUCAUCGCCAUUAUACGUCAUACUGUGUUAUUUUUCCUGGAACUGUUCUCGGACUUGAUUCAAAUCCGUUCGGAAUCUGAUGGAAACGGCUGAAAAAGAUUGAAAUGACGUCACUGCGGUUAACGGCGGAUGUGAUGUUUCUUGCGGCAUCCCUUAUAGGACUGAACAAUGGACAGGUUAGCGUCAGUGUCAGGGUGGGUGUACUCCUAAUGAGCAAGUCUGAUUAUCCGUUCGACGUAAGACAUUUUGGGCCGGCCAUCGAAAUCGCCGUCGAAAAGGCUCGCUCAGAACUGGGCGUUAACAUGACGUUAUUCUACAAUACAUACCCAGGCAACUGUCCUCUGUCACUGACCAUUGGUCACUUCGUGCUGCUGAAUAGCAAAGGCGUCGACGCCUUUAUCGGACCGGCCUGCUCGGAGUCCCUUAUGGGCGUUGCGAGAUUAGCGGAGUUUUACAAAAUUCCUAUGGUAACUGGACUCGGUGAUUUGCUCGUCCGAAAUCCGGCAAAUAACGAUAUGUACCAGACUCUGUCCAUGUUGUCAUACAGCAUCUCCAAACUGUCCAAAUCGAUUAAUGCCAUCCUGCACCACUACAAAUGGAAUCACACAUCCAUUCUUUACGAUUUCCCGCAGACGAUAUUCAAUCUUGCUGGCGACAAUCUCGUGAACGACUUGCGAAAAACGCCGGACAUUGCAAACCCGUUCAGUAUUGAGUUUAAUGCCACCGCAGCCACUGACAAUGACCUCAAUGGAUACCUACAGGAGGCGUCGACCAGAUCUCGAGUUAUGAUCUUCUUCUGCACUGCCGCGACUUUCCGUUCGUUCAUGUACCAGGCACACAAACUGGGUUACACCAAAGGGUCGUAUGUGUUCAUCACUCUGGAGCUCUUUCCCGACCCGGGUUGGCUGGGAGAGUACCAGAAGUUUCUAACAAAUAAUGCGGAAAAGGAUGAAGCUGUCACCAAGGCAUAUGAGUCCGUCCUCAUCCUGAGCUUGUCGAAGCUCCAGGGGCCAAUAUAUGAGGAGUUUGCAGCAGAGGUGAAGAAAAGGGCCUUGGCGAGUUACGACAUAACAAUAGAGUCUGUCAGCUACUAUGUAACUUCUUUCUAUGAUGCCGCCAUGUAUCUAGCUCAUGCAUACAAAAGGAUGGCAGAGAAGGGUGGCAAUAUAAAGGAUGGAAUGGCUAUUGCGAAAUACUUCUGGAACAGUUCCUAUCCAGGCCUGUUGGGUGAAGUCGCAGUAAGCGCCAUUGGUGACAGAGACGCUGACUUUGAACUCCUCGACAUGAUGUCACCAACAGACAGGACCUUUCAGACCGUGGGGCGUUUCAUGGGAGUGCUACUGGAAUACAGCCCCCUGCCUAACGUCAGUAUCGUGUGGCCCAAUGGCUUACCCCCUGAUGAACCGCCAUGCGGUUUCGUGGGAGACAAGUGCAAAGAGGAAAAAAAGGACCAUACCGUUCUGAUUGCUGUUCUAUCGGUGCUGGGUGCUAUCUUGAUGGUGACAGCUGUGUUUGGUGUCUAUGGAUACAGACGAUACAAGGAAGAGAAGGCUGUAAGUCAAAAGUCGUGGUUGAUUGACCCUGAUGAGGUGAAGGAGCGCAAGGGGAAACACAACGACUCCUUCAUGUCAAAAUCUGCCCUCACAAUUAGUAAGGAACAGUAUGUUGACCAAAUUUUCUGCCGGACCAACUUCUGUCGUGGGCAAGUUUGUGCAACCCGUAGCUUGCAUUUGCAGGAGAUUGAAUUGAACCGCAAAGUGUCCUUGGAGUUUAGACAGAUGCAAAUGGCCACGCAUCCCAACAUGGCUAAGUUUAUAGGAGCAGUAAUCAGACCUGGUGCCAAUAUGAUUCUCAUGGAAUACUGCCCCCGUGGGAGCCUUCAGGAUAUGAUUCAGAACGAGUCCAUAGAACUAGACUGGGACUUCAGAUAUUCCCUCAUACAUGAUAUCAUACAGGGUAUGGUCUACCUACACAACAGCGCCAUCAAGGUUCAUGGGCACCUCAGCAGCUCCAACUGCGUCAUUGACAGUCGCUUCUCCCUGAAGAUCACAGACUAUGGACCCCUGUCCAUCCUUGAUGCAGACAGGCAGAUGGCCUUUCAGAGCCAACGGGCAGCUUCUGGCACCAUCAACCAUCGAAAGAUGCUAUGGAUAGCCCCGGAGCACCUGUCCGACGACCUGCUUCAGAACGGGAGUUCCCAGCCUGGAGACGUGUACUCUUUCGCCAUAAUUCUUCACGAGGUCAUCAUGCGCUGCGGUCCAUUCGAGACCUACGAAAUGGAAUUGGAAGAGGUGCUACGUCAGCUGAAGACCCGUAAGCCCCACCUGAUGCGUCCAGAUCUCGGUACAGAGGAGACGUGUCAGAAGGACCUGCGAGAAAUAGCAACCAGCUGCUGGAACGAUGACCCAUUAGUCCGCCCCUCCUUCAAUGAUGUUGAGGAAAUUUAUAGGAGGAUUCGAAGGGGAAAAACAUUAAACAUCAUGGACAACCUCCUCCAGCGCAUGUCUGACUAUGCGGACAACUUGGAGCAACUUGCAGCCGAGCGCACCAAGGCAUACCUUGAGGAGAAACAGAAAGUGGAGGAGCUGCUUCAUAGAAUGCUUCCACCGUCAAUAGCAAAGCAGCUUCAAUCAGGAAGAAAGGUGGAGCCCGAAGCAUAUGACAGUGUCUCCAUUUACUUCUCAGACAUAGUGGGUUUCACCACCAUAUGCGCGCAGAGUAGCCCAAUUCAGGUGGUUGACCUUCUGAACGACCUCUACACUGCCUUUGACAGUACCAUUGAUAUGUUCAAAGUGUACAAGGUAGAGACAAUUGGUGAUGCUUACAUGUGCGUAUCAGGACUACCGGAAGUGAUCGGAGAUCGACAUGCUACUGAGAUCUGCAACAUGGCCCUUGCUAUCCGUCAUGUUUCAAAGGGAUUUGUCAUCAGACACCUGCCCUUUGUGCCCCUGCAGAUUCGAAUAGGGCUUCACUCUGGUCCUGUGGUAGCGGGUGUUGUUGGCCUCAAGAUGCCCCGGUACUGCCUGUUUGGAGACACAGUGAACAUAGCAUCCCGCAUGGAGUCCAGCUCCAUACCUUUCCAGAUCCACAUGUCAGACUCCAUCAAGACUUUGAUAGAACGCUACCCGGAGUACAAACUGGAAGACAGAGAGCCAAUUGAAAUCAAGGGUAAAGGAUUAAUGAAGACAUACUUUCUCACAGAGUAUGUUGAUGGAACCGGCAGACCAUACCCUACAGUAGAUUCAGAAGAUGAAUACAUUUAGGGAGACAGUGCGCCACGAUGGAACCGGCAGACCAUACCCUACAUUAAAUGCAGAAGAUGAAUACAUUUAUGGAGGGAGUGCUUAACAACAAACUUAGCCUGUCUGGUGGUGCAAAAAGCAUGUGACUUCAAGCUAGGGCUACAUUCCACCAAGAGGAGCUAAUUAUAUCAAGUGAAGACAAAAUAUUUUUAAAAUGUUGUAAAACUGUUCCAAUUGUUUGUUUUCAUGUUCUUGAUGUUUUCUCUUGUAUCCAUAGUGUGAACACGGUCAAAUAGGAAGAGGGGUAAUGUUGAUAUAUUUAUGUGGUAAUAUAACUUACUUUUGCUGAUUGUAUGCUGUGUAUAUUUAAUAUUAUAAUUGGUUAAAAACAACUCUGUAGAGCUAGUUUAACAAAUUGAAACCAAUCUGAAACUGCUUUUGCCAAUAAUUAUAAGUUCCAACAUAGUCGUAUGUUAAAUAACUCAAUUCACAUCUUUCAAUUUACGUCGAUUAUGUUCCUUUAAUACAUCAUUGUGUGUGGCCUUUAUUUGUAUUCCCACUGUAAAAUUGAUAACAUGGUCUGACUUGACUGUUCUUAGAAUUAUCUUGUUUAACAAACAUGCAAGUUAAGUGUGUUAUUGGAAGCAUUGUUUUCAUCCUACGUAUGCUGUUACUCCUUUGACUUAAUUUCAAAAGUUAAUUCAUAUGAUUGGUUUGGUUUGUUUCAACACAACAUUAUGUCAACAUAUCAGUGUUUAUAUGUUACUUGUUGAUGUUCAAAUACAUUUUGCAUUAAAAAUAGUGUGUUGGCUUGUAUUCAACUGUCUCAUACAUAAUCUCUCCAGUCUUUCAAUGUGUCCUAUAAGUUAAAGAGAUGCGGAUUAUUCUCCUCUCCAGAGCUUAAUAGAGCGGCGAUGCGCCGUGUCCGUUUUUUGGUCAGACAGUGUGCCCUUGUUGUGCCCUCAACGGGCGGCAUAUAGUUUUCGCCCUGUCGGUCGGUCAGUCUGUCUGUCGUGUCCGCUCUCUAAUUCAAGUAGUUCUCAUCCAAUCUUCACCAAACUUGGUCAGAAGUUGUAUCUAAAUAAUGUCUAGGCCCAGUUCGAACAUGGAUCAUGCCUGGCAAAAAAACUAGGUCAAGGGGUCACUCAGUGCGUUUCAAACAUUCAGCAUGGUAUCCACUCUUUAAUUCAAGUAGUUUUCAUCCGAUCUUCACCACACUUGGUCACAAGUUUAAUCUAGAUGAUUACUAAGCCAAGUUCGAACAUGGGCCAUGCCGGGCCAAAAACUAGGUCACGGGGUCACGUAGUGCGUUUUAAACAUUCAGCAUGGUGUCCGCUCUUAAUUCUAAGUAGUUUUCAUUCGAUCUUCACCGAAUUUGAUCCGAAGUUGAAAAUGCAUUUUCGUUCUUCAGUUGACAAGAAGAUAUGUGUAUUCCUGUUAUUUGCAUGCAAAGAAUUGGCAGAAAAAAAACUAACUGCAGCAGAAGACAUAUGUAACAAACAACAAAAUUUAAAUAUAGAAUACCUGUUAUGCAGCAAACUAAUAGUUUAUUAAAAUAUAGGCGAUGUAUAUCUCAAAAACAUUCACACAGUUAUGCUUUUAUAUAGUGACAAAGUUACAGUUGGGGGCAUCCGUGUCGUUUGGACACAUUUCUUGAUCUGGCCAAUUAGCGCCUUGUGUCCUUAUCAACUGCUUAUAUUGUUCUCCCUUUUAUAAUGCCAUUACAUUUUGCAUCAAAAAUAAUGAGUUUACAUCUUAAUUGAAAUAAGUUUGACAGUUACUAAUUAAUGUGUGUGUGUGUGUGUGUAUUAUUGCUAAAUUCCAUUUUUGUUUGUACUUUUCAUUUGUUUAAGCGCCUAAUAAACUAAUAAAGAAAUGAAAUAAA